GCGGCGUUUGCCGUGAGGUGCGGGCGGGCCGCUGCCGCCGCCGCCGCCGCUUCCGGGUCCGCAGCAGCGCCGCCGCGGAGGGCGAUGGCUUCUAUAGGUACCGAUACAAAAACAACUUAGUAAUGGAUCAGAGAAAAAAUGAUAGUUUUGUCCCAAGUAUCACACAAUUGGAAGACUUCCUGACAGAACAUGACUCCAAUGUAGUUUGGCUGUUAGUAGCAACAAUAUUGUCUUGUGGAUGGAUUAUCUACCUAACUUACUAUAAUUCUCGGAACAUUGGACUUAUUUUAACGUUGGUUCUUAACAGAUUAUAUAAACAUGGCUACAUCCAUAUUGGUUCCUUCUCGUUCUCCGUGCUGUCUGGAAAAGUCAUGGUUCGUGAAAUCUAUUACAUCACAGAAGAUAUGUCUAUCAGAAUCCAAGAUGGAUUUGUCAUAUUUCGCUGGUGGAAGAUGUACAACCCCAAGCAGAAACAGCAUGAUCCAAGGGCAGAAACAAGACUAUAUAUUAUGGUGAAUGACUUCGAAUUUCACGUGUAUAACCGUUCUGAACUCUAUGGACAACUUCAAGAACUAUUUGGCUUGGAUCCCACAAUAAUUCCAGCAAAGAAAGAAGAUGAGAAAGCAGAAAUAAAUGUAAGACAGAGAACACAUACCAAUCUUGAAAGUGUUAAGGUAAAAACAGAAUCUCAAGACCCUUCUUCUUCAUGGAGAUCCCUUAUUCCUGUCAUUAAAGUCAAUGUGAGCACAGGUCGCUUGGCAUUUGGGAAUCAUUAUCAGCCACAAACACUUUGUAUUAAUUUUGAUGAUGCUUUUUUGACGUAUACCACAAAACCACCUUCAAGUCACCUUGAUCAGUUUAUGCACAUUGUGAAGGGAAAAUUGGAAAAUGUUAGAGUCAUGCUGGUUCCAAGUCCAAGAUAUGUUGGUCUUCAAAAUGAUGAACCACCAAGGCUGAUGGGUGAAGGUUUUGUUGUAAUGCAGUCCAAUGAUGUUGAUAUCUAUUACUAUAUGGAUGAACCAGGUCUUGUACCAGAGGAGACAGAGGAGAGCACUGAUGGAGAAGCAAACAAUGAAGACAGCAAAUUACAGGAUCUGCCGCCAUGCUGGGGUUUGGACAUUGUUUGUGGAAAAGGAACAGAUUUCAAUUACGGACCUUGGGCUGAUAGGCAGAGGGAUUGCUUGUGGAAGUUUUUCUUCCCACCAGACUACCAAGUUAUGAAAGUCUCAGAAAUUGCGCAGCCUGGGAAACCAAGACAGAUCCUCGCUUUUGAACUGCGGAUGAAUAUUAUUGCAGAUGCUACUAUUGAUUUGCUUUUUACCAAAAAUAGGGAAACAAAUGCUGUACAUGUAAAUGUUGGUGCAGGAUCAUAUUUGGAAGUAAAUAUUCCCAUGACAGUAAGUGAAAAUGGCUACUCACCUACAAUUAAAGGGCAACUUUUACAUGUUGAUGCCACCAGCAGUAUGCAGUACAGGACUCUCUUAGAAGCAGAAAUGCUAGCUUUUCAUAUUAAUGCCAGUUAUCCCCGGAUAUGGAACAUGCCACAGAAAUGGCAAUGUGAACUCGAAGUUUAUAAAGCAACUUAUCAUUUUAUCUUUGCUCAGAAAAGCUUCUUUACAGAUUUGAUCCAAGACUGGUCUAGUGAUAGUGCACCUGAUAUUUUUUCAUUUGUUCCUUAUAUGUGGAACUUCAAAGUCAUGUUUCAUCAAUUUGAGAUGAUUUGGGCAGCAAAUCAACAUAACUGGAUUGACUGUUCUACCAAACAACAAGAAAAUGUUUAUCUGGCAGCUUGUGGAGAAACAUUAAACAUUGUUUUCUCUCUGCCUUUCACUGACUUUGUUCCAACCACAUGCAAUACUAGAUUCUCUUUAAGGGGAGAAGAUGUUGAUCUUCACUUGUAUCUACCAGAUUGCCAUCCUAGUAAAUAUUCCCUUUUUAUGUUGGUGAAAGAUUGUCAGCCUAAUAAAAUAAGUCCUGAAUCUUGUAUUUCUGCUGAAUGUCAAAGUGGUCAGAAAACAGGCAAACCCAAAUGGAGGAACAUUACCCAAGAAGAGGCUGGCUGGGUUGAAUGCUGGACAGUCCCAAGUGUUGUGUUUACAAUUGACUACUCGUGGCACCCAAUUUAUCCGCAAAAGGCAGAUGAACAGUUAAAACAGUCUUUGUCAGAAAUGGAAGAAACAAUGUUAUCUGUGCUAAGGCCAUCGCAGAAAACAGCCGACAGUGUCAUCUCAUCUCCCACCGCUUCAACACGCCUUCCCAUUGAUCCCUCAGAGCUGCCCCCUGACAAGCUCCACGUGGAACUUGAACUCUCCCCGGAUUCUCAAAUAACCCUGUAUGGACCCCUGCUGAAAGCCUUUCUGUGUGUAAAGGAAAAUUAUUUUGGAGAAGAUGACAUGUACACUGAUUUUGAAGAAGUUAUUUCAAGUCCUGUUUUGUCACUGUCGACAUCUUCAAGCUCUGGAUGGACAGCUGUUGGAGUGGAAAAUGACAAAAAAGAAAAUGAAAGUUCAGUCAAGCCAGUUCACCCUCUUACUUUGCGUCCGUGGGAUAUUACUGUGCUUGUUAAUUUGUACAAAGUGCAUGGACGAUUACCAGUUCACUGCAGUCCAGAUGGACCUGAAUGUCCUACAGCCUUCUUGGAAAGGUUGUGUUUUGAGAUGAAGAAGGGAUUUAGGGAAACAAUGCUUCAACUUGUACUGUCUCCAGUGAAUUUAUUUCUGAAUGACAGCUAUCAGCGGCCUGCAGUGGAUGAAGUUCUUAGAGAGGGCCACAUCAGCCUGUCAGGCUUGCAGCUGCGCGCUCACGCAAUGUUUUCAGCAGAAGGCCUGCCUCUUGGAAGUGACACUUUAGAAUAUGCAUGGCUGAUUGAUGUGCAGGCUGGAAGUCUUAUGGCCAAAGUUACAGCACCGCAGCUUGCGUGUCUUCUGGAAUGGGGACAGAGCUUUGUAUUUCAUGUGGUGUGCCGUGAGUUUGAACUGGAAAGGCCAAAAUCUGUAAUAAUAUGCCAACAUGGAAUUGAUCGUCGGUUUUGUGACUCUAAGAUGAACUGUGUCCCUGGACCAUGCCCUACAUCUGAUGACUUAAAGUAUACUAUGACACGCUUAGCCGUGGAUGGAGCAGAUCUGUAUGUGGUAGAACAUGGCUGUGCCACCAAUAUCAAGAUGGGUGCUAUACGCAUUGCGAACUGCAAUCUCCAUAACCAGUCUGUUGGAGAAGGGAUAAGUGCUGCUAUCCAAGAUUUUCAACUGAGACAGUAUGUUGAGCAAGUGAACAAUUGCCGAACUGGUCUUCAGCCAAUAUUGAGGAGGGCGUAUUGGUUGGAAGCUGGAUCUGUCAACUUGGGACUCAUCACUGCAGAUAUUGCUUUAGCUGCAGAUCAUCCUUCUAAACAUGAAGUACAGAGACAUUUCUUAGAAACACAUGAUAACCGAACUAAGAGAUUGUGGUUUUUGUGGCCUGAUGAUAAUUUGAAGAAUAAGAGAAGCAAGAACAAGUGUGGCUGCCUCGGUGGUUGUCGAUUCUUUGGUGGCACAGUAACAGGACUAGACUUCUUCAAGCUAGAGGAACUAACACCUUCAAGCAGCUCUGCUUUCUCAAGUACAAGUGCAGAAUCUGAUAUGUUUUAUGGGCAGUCUUUACUGCAGCCAGGAGAAUGGAUAAUUACUAAGGAGAUUCCUAAAAUCUUAGAUGGUAAAACAAAUGGUGUGAAACGAAAAGAUUGGGAUUGUAGAUCUAUGGGUAUAGAAAUAGAAAGAAAGGCACAACAUCUGAGCCUACAAGUGCCAUUACGUUCCCAUAGCUCCUCAUCAUCUUCAGAGGAAACGAGCAGUUCUAGUGCAGCACUUCCUUUGCUUGCAGGUGAGAAGGAAAGCCCAUCUUCUGCUACUGAGGAUCACUUGGGACAAAAGGAGUACUUUCCUGGUGCAAAAAGAGAAGAUAGUCGUGGAAGUGCUGCAGGUGAGGGUGCAGAGGGUAGCCCUGCAUCUCCUAGCAACCAGGAAAGGUCUGUUGGUCAAUCUCCCCUGAGGUCUCCACUGAAACGGCAAGCAUCUGUCUGCUCCACCCGGCUUGGGAGCACCAAGAGCCUUACUGCCGCCUUCUAUGGAGACAAGCAGCCUGUUCAGGUUGGCGUGCAGUUCAGCAGCGAUGUGUCUCGCAGCGAUGAGAAUGUCUUGGAUUCUCCGAAGCAGAGGAGGAGCUUUGGUUCUUUUCCAUAUACUCCAUCUGCAGAUUCAAACUCAUUUCACCAGUAUCGUUCAAUGGAUUCCAGUAUGUCAAUGGCUGAUAGUGAAGCUUACUUUUCUGCAGCGGAAGAGUUUGAACCCAUAAGUAGUGAUGAAGGUCCAGGAACUUAUCCAGGGAGGAGGAAGAGAAAAAAACAAGCUCAGAAAAUUGAAUACAGUAGGGGAUCUAUUUACCACAGUAUAGAAGGGCCUUUAACAAGUACAGCCCAUGGAGAAAUUGGUCAAGAUGUUAAAGUUUUACCAAUUAAGACUCAUCCUUCACAGGCAUCAUUUGUUUCGGCUCUGGGAGGAGAGGAUGACCCCAUGUAUAUUGUGGAAUCUGAGAAGACUGUAGAAACUGAGCAAAUAACUUCCCAGCAGCCUGUAAUGGCAUGUUACCAAAACUAUCUUACGCAGUUCCAGGUGAUCAACUGGUCAGUAAAGCAUCCAACUAAUAAAAGAACUUCAAAAUCCUCAUUACAUCGUCCUUUAGACCUUGACACACCAACGAGUGAAGAAAGUUCAUCAUCUUUUGAGCAGCUUUCUAUCCCAACUUUUAAGAUUGUUAAACAGGGUCUCACAGCUAAUUCAUUACUGGACAGAGGCAUGCAGCUUACGGGAUCAACAUCUACUACGCCUUACACUCCUUUGGAAAAGAAGUCUGCAGAAAAUACAGAUGAUGAAACGAUAACAGAAGAAUGGACGUUGGAUCACCCAGUCUCCCAGACUAGGACAACAGCAAUUGUUGAAGUAAAGGGUGCUGUAGAUGUAGUUCUGACUCCUCUGGUAGCAGAGGCACUAGACAGAUACAUAGAAGCAAUGGUGCAUUGUGCUAGUUCUCGACACCCAGCAGCAAUUGUGGAUGAUCUGCAUUGCAAAGUUCUUCGAGAUGCAGUACAGAACAGCAAAACAACCUUCUCAGAAAAUUUGUCUUCCAAACAGGAUAUUAGAGGAACAAAAAUAGACACUACUACUACAGGAACAACAAACCAGGGGCCAGCACAGACCAAUCUUUCAGUUAAGCAAGAUAAUGUGACAAUUAAAGGUCUUCAGGCCAAUGUCUCUAUACCGAAGGUGAACCUGUGUUUAUUGCAAGCAUCUGUUGACGAAUCCCCAGGGGUUGCUUCUGGCAAAACUGUGACUCAUGUUUCAUUAGUGGCUUUGUGUUUUGAUAGAAUUGCUACACAAGUUCGUAUGAAUAGGGGUAUAGUUGAGGAGACUUCAAACAAUGCAGAAACUGGGAGGAAUUCUGUUACCUUUGAUCGUUACAUCCAAGCCAGUAAAAUGCAGCCUCAGUCUUCUGGCUCACUGAGAUCCAACGCUGGAGCAGAAAAAGGAAAAGAAAUUGCUGCGAAGUUGAACAUCCAUCGAGUUCAUGGACAACUUAGAGGCCUUGACACGACAGAUAUUGGAACUUGUGCAAUAACAGCUAUUCCUUUUGGGAAAUCAAAAGUUCUCUUUACUUUGGAAGAGUUAGAUGAGUUUUCUUUUGUGGAUGAAACAGAUCAACAAGCUGUUCCAGAUGUAACUCGAAUUGGUCCUAGUCAAGAGAAGUGGGGUUGGAUAAUGUUUGAGUGUGGAAUUGAAAAUUUAACAAUAAAAGGAGGAAGACAAGCUGGGGCAGUAUUGUAUAAUGCAUUUGGAGUCAUGGGUAAAUCAAGUGCUACAGAGAGAGGUGGAUUGCUUGCAUCAAAUAACUCUUCAGAUUCUCCAACUGGUAGUGGUUAUAAUACUGAUGUGUCUGAUGAUAACCUUCCUUGUGAUAGAAUAAGUCCCUCUUCAGAUAUUAAUGGAAAUUCAGUUUCAGAUGAGCAGGAUGAAGGAGUUGAAUCUGAUGAUCUGAAAAAGGAUUUACCCUUGAUGCCUCCUCCCCCAGACUCUUGCAGCAUGAAGCUAACAAUCAAAGAAAUUUGGUUUAGUUUUGCAGCUCCUACCAAUGUGCGCUCGCCAGCCCAUAUAUUUUCAAGGCAGCUGAAUCUCCUGAGUACUGCAACUCCUGCAGUUGGUGCUUGGCUUGUUCCCAUUGAUCAAGUGAAAUCCUCAUUAAAUAAACUAGACACUGAAGGAACUCUGCGAAUCUGUGCUGUUAUGGGUUGUAUUAUGACAGAAGCAUUAGAGAAUAAAAGUGUGCACUUUCCUCUGAGAAGCAAGUACAACAGACUUACCAAAGUGGCUCGUUUCUUACAAGAAAAUCCUUCCUGUUUGCUGUGUAAUAUACUGCAUCAUUACCUUCAUCAAGCAAAUUACUCCAUUAUUGAGGAUGCCACUAUGAGUGAUGGCCUUCCUGCCUUGGUAACCUUAAAGAAAGGUCUAGUUGCCCUAGCAAGGCAAUGGAUGAAGUUCAUUGUGGUGACUCCAGCCUUCAAAGGAGUCAGCUUACACAGACCGGCUCAGCCAGUGAAGCUGCCGACGAACACCUGCCACGAGCCCGAGGAUGGAUUAGACAGUGGAGGGGGCCUGCAGAGUGAUACAAGCGCUGACGGAGCAGAGUUUGAAUUUGAUGCAGCUACAGUCAGUGAACAUACAAUGCUUUUAGAAGGAACAGCAAAUCGCCCUCCACCUGCUGGUGGCUCUUCUGGGCCUGUAACUGGUGCUGAGAUCAUGAGGAAAUUAUCCAAGACUCAUACCCACAGUGAUUCUGUUCUGAAAAUAAAGGGUAUACAUCCGUAUCAUUCCUUAAGCUACACUAGUGGAGAUACAGCUACAGAUUCCCCAGUGCAUGUUGGCCGUUCUGGAACAGCAGUCAGAGAAAGUCCAAGAAAAGAGAGUCUGCUCAGCUAUCUUACUGGAAGUUUUCCUAGCUUGCAUAAUCUUUUAGAAGGAACUCCUCAAAGAAAUACAACUGCAGUUAAAAGUAGUUCUUUAACAAGAACAGGAAAUACUGUGGCCACAGACAUGUUAUCUGAACAUCCUUUGCUGUCAGAACCAUCAUCUGUGAGUUUCUAUAACUGGAUGUCAAAUGCUGUGGGUAACAGAGGAAGUGUAGUACAAGAAAGCCCAGCCACCAAAUCUGGACACAAUAGUCUUCCAACAGGUGUGGCGCCCAACCUUCCAACAAUACCCUCUGCUUCAGACUUCAACACGGUUUUGUCUAGUGACCAGAACACUCUAGAUGGCACACAUUCGCAGCACAGCACCAGUCAGGAUGACAUUGCAGGUGUAGAAGAGAGUAACCAAGGGUUUCCUGCUGUGCAGCUAGCAGAUGCACAGGUUGUUUUCAAACCUCUUCUAAGUUACACGGGAAUUCAGUCACAGGAUGCAAUGCCACUCUGCUACAGAAUGUACUUUGGAGAGCACCUUUCAUUCUCAGGAACUUUGGACUGCCUUAGGGCAGAUAUUGUUGAUUCAGAUACAGCAAAGGAAAGAAAAAGCAAGCGGGCUCGAAGGCAAGGAGCUGUCAAUCUUCCUCCUCUUGAAUUCAAACCCGCUUUGAUGUUGGAAACUUUUAGUAUUAGUGCUGUUGUAAUGGAGAAAUCAAUGUGCACACCUCAAAACUCUACCAGUGCCCUUUCUUUUCAUGACCUGAAUAAACGCUAUUAUAAUACCUUUCACUGUAACUUUACGAUUUCUUGCCAGUCCAUAAGCCAGCAUGUAGAUAUGGCACUGGUUCGUCUUAUUCAUCAGUUCAGUACAAUGAUUGAUGAUAUCAAAGCCACGCAGACAGACAUCAAGCUUAGCAGAUACACAGCUGGGUCAGCCUCUCCAACACCUACUUUUAAAACCCGCAAACAUAGAGACUUCCGCUCUUCUGAUUUCAGCCGAAGCUCUCGAGGAAGUCUUAAUGGAGGUAACAGAGUGAACAAUGCCAAGAGCAAACGAACAAACAAUGAGAACAAUAAGAAAGAAUCUCGAAACAAGAAUUCUUUGGGCAGGUCAGAAAGAAGAACUUCUAAAGUAUCCAGAAAAGGUUCAAAAGAUGUAGUUGACCACAUGACUAUUCAUAUGGAUGACUCCGACUCUAUUACUGUGUCAGAACAGAGUGAACCUUCUGCUGAGUGUUGGCAAAACAUGUAUAAGCUGCUGAACUUCUAUUCACUCAUUUCUGAUCCAACUGGGAUUUUAGAAAAGUCUUCUGAAACUUUUGGGCCAACAGGUGUUCGAAGCCCAACCGAACCUGCUUGUAGAGUGGUAUUUGAGAAUGAACAAGAUAAUGGCAGCUUGAGCAAGACGCAGAGGAAGCGCAGUCUGGUGACUUCGGAGCCACAGCAUGUGACUCUAAUAGUCUUUGGAAUAGGCAUGGUAAAUCGUACCCACCUUGAGGCAGAUAUCGGAGGUCUAACGAUGGAAUCAGAACUGAAGAGAAUCCAUGGCAGUUUCACCCUGAAAGAAAAAAUGAAAGAUGUACUACAUCAAAAGAUGACUGAGACGUGUGCCACUGCUCACAUAGGAGGUGUCAAUAUCGUCCUGCUGGAGGGGAUUACCCCGAAUAUCCAACUGGAGGAUUUUCCUACAUCUCCUACAAGCACAGCCAAACAAGAGUUUCUAACUGUAGUGAAAUGCAGUAUUGCCAAAUCUCAGGCUCUGUACAGUGCCCAAAGGGGGCUGAAAACAAACAACGCUGCUGUGAUCAAAGUUGGAGCUAUCAGCAUCAACAUUCCUCAGCAUCCUGCCACAUUGCACAGCAUGAUGGUGCGUAGUUCCCAUCAGCUCUCCAAGCAGAUUUCUGAUCUCAUCAGGCAACCAUCAACUGCCACCCAGCCUACAAAAGAAGAUGUUGCAACUCCCUUGCCCUCUGAAAAGACUCCAACAAGUAUUAAUCAAACACCUGUUGAAACAAAUGAAUUUCCACAGCUGCCAGAAGGUUUAGAAAAGAAGCCUAUAGUUCUUAAAUUUAGUGCCAUGAUAGAUGGUAUAGCUAUUGGAGCAGCACUCUUGCCCUCUCUGAAGGCAGAAUAUAAGAUGGGAAGAAUGAGGAGUCAUGGAAUGACAGGUGCCCAAACAAGAUUUACUUUUGAGCUUCCAAGUCACAAGUUGCGCUUCACAUCUAAAGUCUCUGCCACUGAUAUGUCAACCAUUCCUCCUUCAGCAAGUCUCAACCUUCCUCCUGUCACUAUGUCAGGCAAAUAUAUCAUGGAAGAACAUGAUACUUACUCAGACCAAAUAUGGAGCAUAGAUGAGCUUCCUGCUAAACAAGGCUAUUACCUACAAGGGAACUACCUACGUUGUGUGGCUGAAGUUGGUUCCUUUGAACAUAAUCUCACAACUGACCUAUUAAAUCAUUUGGUAUUUGUACAAAAGGUGUUCAUGAAAGAAGUAAAUGAAGUCAUACAAAAGGUUUCAGGAGGGGAACAGCCAAUACCUCUUUGGAAUGAACAUGAUGGCACAACAGAUGGAGAGAAGCCCAAAAUUCUUCUUUACUCAUUGAGCCUACAGUUUAAGGGAAUUCAAGUAACAGCCACAACUCCCUCAAUGCGAGCUGUGAGAUUUGAAACUGGAUUGAUAGAACUUGAGCUCUCAAACAGACUACAAACCAAAGCAAUGCCUGGAAGUAGUAGCUACCUCAAACUGUUUGGUAAAUGCCAGGUGGAUUUAAAUCUGGCAUUAGGACAAAUUGUUAAACAUCAGGUCUAUGAAGAAGCUGGGUCAGACUUCCAUCAAGUCGCCUAUUUUAAGACAAGAAUUGGAUUAAGAAAUGCUCUUCGAGAAGAAAUCAGUGGUUCAUCAGAUAGGGAAGCUGUGCUUAUUACACUGAACAGACCAAUUGUUUUUGCUCAACCUGUGGCCUUUGAUAGAGCUGUAUUAUUUUGGCUGAAUUACAAGGCUGCUUAUGACAACUGGAAUGAGCAGAGGAUGGCUUUGCAUAAAGAUAUUCAUAUGGCCACCAAAGAAGUGGUAGAUAUGUUGCCAGGAAUCCAACAAACAUCUGCUCAGGCUUUUGGGACCCUUUUUCUUCAGCUGACUGUCAAUGACUUAGGAAUUUGCCUGCCCAUCACAAACACACCUCAGUCUAACCACACUGCAGAUCUUGACACUGGCUCUGCUUUAGUCCUGACCAUUGAAAGUACAUUAAUCACGGCCUGCUCCUCAGAAUCUUUAGUUAGCAAAGGUCAUUUUAAAAACUUUUGUAUCCGUUUUGCUGAUGGCUUUGAGACAAGCUGGGAUGAUUGGAAACCAGAAAUACGAGGAGAUCUAGUCAUGAAUGCAUGUGUUGUGCCAGAUGGUACAUAUGAAGUAUGUUCUAGGACAACAGGACAAGCUGCAGCAGAAAGUAGUAGUGCUGGAACCUGGACACUCAAUGUCUUGUGGAAGAUGUGUGGUAUUGAUGUCCACAUGGAUCCAAACAUUGGGAAAAGACUGAACGCUUUAGGCAACACUCUAACAACAUUGACAGGAGAAGAAGAUAUUGACGAUAUUGCUGACCUCAACUCUGUAAACAUAGCUGACCUGUCAGAUGAGGACGAAGUUGACACUAUGUCUCCUACGAUACAUGCAGAGAUUGUUGAUCACCGACGGCAGGGAGCGUCUAGUAUCCAAACUGGAGAGCAACGAGGAAGAAAAUUUGUGAAACGUUUAGUCGAUAUUAGAGAACUCAAUGAGCAAGCUAAAGUAAUAGAUGAUUUAAAAAAAUUAGGUGCAAGUGAAGGGACUAUAAAUCAAGAAAUUCAGCGGUAUCAACAAUUGGAGUCAGUGGCUGUGAAUGAUAUCCGCCGAGAUGUUCGUAAAAAGCUUCGUCGAUCCAGCAUGAGGGCUGCUUCCUUGAAAGACAAAUGGGGUCUUGGAUACAAACCCAGCUAUAGCCGAUCUAAGAGUAUUUCAGCAUCAGGAAGACCACCUCUGAAGAGAAUGGACAGAACAAGUUCUCGACUAGGAGACAGUGAAGAUCUCCCAGAUAUCCGUGUAGAUGCAGCAUCUCCUGGGCCAAGAGUGACCUUUAACAUACAGGAUUCUUUGAAUAAAACAGUUUGGGGGAUUGCACAACAAACCAGCUGUCCAGGGGAAGGGUCUUUUCAGUUUCCAGAGGAGACAGAAAUGGACCUUUUGUCUGUAACUAUUGAUGGUCCCUCCCAUUACUCAUCUACUAGUGAAGGCUCAUGCUCAGUAUUUGGUUCACCCAAAACUCCAGUAGUCUUCUCACCCGGCAUUCCCUUCCAGCCAGAAGAAGGACGUCGAGAUGACAGCUUAUCAUCAAGCAGUGAAGACUCUGAGAAGGAGGAUGACCACGAAAGAGAGAGGACUUAUUUUUAUAGGAAACCACCGAAUGCCUCUCGGAAGAAAGCAACAGGCUUUGCUGCAGUCCACCAACUGUUCACUGAACGCUGGCCAACAACGCCUACCAACAGGAGUGUGACUGGCACUACCACAGAGAGAAAUAUUGACUUUGAACUUGAUAUUAGAGUUGAAAUUGAUUGUGGAAAGUGUGUACUGCACCCUACAACGCUUCAGCAGGAACAUGAUGACAUUAGUUUACGAAGGAGUUACGAUCGGAGUUCCAGAAGUUUAGAUCAGGAGUCUCCUUCAAAAAAGAAGAAAUUUCAAACUAAUUAUGCAUCUACUACUCAUUUACUUGCUGGCAAGAAAGUGCCAUCAUCUCUACAGACAAAAUCUAGUGAUGUGGAAACAACAGUGUUUUAUAUUCCUGGAGUGGAUGUGAAGUUGCACUACAACUCUAAGACUUUAAAGACUGAAUCGCCAAAUACUUCUCGAGGAUCCUCUUUGCCAAGAACCCUUUCCAAAGAGUCCAAGCUGUAUGGUAUGAAAGAUACUGCCACAUCUCCUCCUUUAUCUAGCACUAUCCACAGCAAGACUAACACCUUACUUCCUCCCCAACCCCCACCCAUCCCAUCAGCCAAAGGGAAAGGAAGUGGUGGUGUGAAAACCGCUAAACUAUAUGCGUGGGUUGCACUCCAGUCAUUGCCAGAAGAAAUGGUCAUUAGUCCAUGCUUACUGGACUUCCUAGAGAAAGCUCUUGAAACCAUUCCGAUUACACCAAUUGAAAGGAAUUAUACAGCUGUUAGUUCACAGGAUGAAGACAUGGGGCAAUUUGAUAUACAAGAUCCCUUAGAAGAGUCCACAACAUCAUUGGUGUCAUCAUCAACAUCAGCGUAUUCAUCCUUUCCUGUAGAUGUGGUGGUUUAUGUACGGGUUCAGCCCUCCCAAAUCAAGUUCAGCUGCUUGCCAGUAUCAAGAGUUGAAUGUAUGCUGAAGUUGCCCUCUUUAGAUCUUGUGUUUUCUUCAAACCGAGGAGAACUGGAAACAUUAGGCACAAUGUACCCAGCAGAAAAUGUGUUAGUUGGUGGCACAGCUUCACAGAGUGGUUCAAAGAAUUCAGUUAAUAAAUCUGGAGCACAAGGUUCAUCACCUGGACUAGGCAGUCCUCUUGGCAGAACACGACACAGUAGUAGUCAGUCAGACCUGACCACUUCUAGUAGCAGUUCUUCAGGCCUGAGCUUUACUGCCUGCAUGUCUGAUUUCUCCCUUUACGUGUUUCAUCCAUAUGGAGCAGGAAAACAAAAAUCUGCUGUUACUGUUCUAACUCCUGGAUCAGGAGCCUUAGGUAAUGUGGAUGAGGAACCUACUUCAGUCACAGGCCGGAAGGAUUCUUUAAGCAUUAACCUUGAGUUUGUAAAAGUCAGCCUAUCAAGAAUAAGGCGUUCAGGAGGUUCCUCCUUUUUUGAGACUCAGUCUGCAAGCAAAGCUACAAGCAAGAUAGAUACUACGCUGAUUAACAUAUCUGCGGUCUGUGAUAUAGGAUCUGCUUCUUUUAAAUAUGACAUGCGCCGACUCAGUGAGAUUCUAGCCUUCCCAAGGGCUUGGUACAGGAGAAGCAUUGCUAGACGGCUCUUCCUAGGUGAUCAGACAAUAAAUAUGCCAGUAGCAUCGGGUCCCGGAACACCAGAUUCCAUUGAAGGGGUAAGCCAGCACCUUUCUCCUGAAUCAUCACGGAAAGCAUACUGUAGGACAUGGGAGCAACCCUGCCAAUCUGCCUCAUUUACACACAUGGCACAGUCACCUAAUGUUUUUAAUGAGCAUAAUGCAAACAGCAGUAUGUCACCUGGGGCAGCAUCUCAUAGCUUAAAGUCUCCAGCUGUUACAAGAUCCAGGAGUGUGUCUGACUCUUCAGUGCCUCAGAGAGAUACUCUCUCAAAAACAUCAACUCCAUUUAAUAAGUCAAAUAAAGCUGGAAACCAGCAAGGAACACCAUGGGAAACGCUGGUUGUAUUUGCUAUGAACCUGAAACAAUUAAAUGUCCAAAUGAAUAUGAGCAAUGUAAUGGGCAAUACUACGUGGACCACCAGCGGUUUGAAAAGCCAAGGUCGCUUAUCUGUGGGUAGUAGCAGAGAUCGUGAAAUUAGCAUGUCUGUUGGUUUGGGAAGGUCACAGCUGGACUCUAGGGGGGGAGUUGUUGGAGGUACCAUAGAUGUUAACACCUUGGAGAUGGUGGCUCAUAUUUCUGAACACCCAAACCAACAGCCCAAUCAUAAAAUUCAAAUUACUAUGGGUUCCACUGAAGCACGUGUUGACUAUAUGGGGUCCAGUAUCCUAAUGGGAAUCUUCAGUAAUGCAGAUCUUAAACUACAGGAUGAAUGGAAAAUUAAUCUGUACAAUGCUUUGGAUUCAAGCAUCUCUGAUAAAAGUGAGAUAUUUGUCCAUGGGGACUUGAAAUGGGAUAUCUUCCAAGUGAUGAUUUCAAGAUCGACUACACCAGACCUGAUAAAAAUAGGAAUGAAACUCCAGGAGUUCUUUACUCAGCAGUUUGAUACAAGCAAGCGAGCUUUGUCUACCUGGGGACCUGUUCCUUAUCUUCCUCCAAAGACAAUGGCCAAUAAUGUGGAGAGAAGCUCACAUGAGCAGUUGUUGGAUGCAGCUCAUCAUCGCCAUUGGCCAGGGGUUUUGAAGGUGCUGUCUGGGUGCCAUAUAUCCUUAUUUCAGAUGCCAUUGCCAGAAGAUGGAAUGCAAUUUGGAGGAUCCAUGAGCUUGCACGGAAACCAUAUGACACUGGCUUGUUUUCAUGGACCCAAUUUCCGUUCAAAAUCUUGGGCCUUAUUUCACCUUGAAGAACCCAACAUUGCAUUUUGGACAGAAGCACAGAAAGUUUCAGAAGAUGGUUCCAGUGAUCAUUCAACAUACAUUGUGCAAACCCUGGACUUUCAUUUGGGCCAUAACACGAUGGUCACCAAACCUUGUGGAGCACUUGAAAGCCCUAUGGCAACAAUCACAAAGAUAACAAGGCGCCGCCACGAAAAUCCCCCACAUGGAGUUGCCAGUGUGAAAGAGUGGUUCAAUUAUGUUACAGCAACAAGGAACGAAGAAUUAAACCUCCUUCGAAAUGUUGAUGCUAAUAACCCAGAGAGUAGCACAACAGUGAAAAGCUCGAGCUUGUUAAGUGGCUUCAGAGGAGGCUCCAGUUACAACCAUGAAACUGAAACUAUCUUUGCAUUGCCAAGGAUGCAGCUGGAUUUUAAAUCUAUUCAUGUUCAAGAGUCACAAGAGCCUUCAUUACAAGAUACAGCUGUUAAACCAAAGGUGGAGUGUAGUGUGGUAACUGAAUUCACAGACCACAUUUGUGUGACCAUGGAUGCUGAACUGAUUAUGUUUUUGCAUGACUUGGUAUCUGCUUAUCUAAAAGAAAAAGAAAAAGCUAUUUUCCCCCCUCGCAUUUUGGCUGCUCGUCCAGGACAGAAAAGCUCUGUUGGUGUACUUGAUGAGAGCUCCACUGAUGGAGAAGCAGAGGAAAGUAUUACUUACACUACAGUUGACUGGAGAGAAUUCAUGUGCAAUACUUGGCAUUUAGAGCCCACACUCAGAUUAAUCUCCUGGACUGGGAGAAAAAUUGAUCCUGUUGGGGUUGACUACAUCCUUCAAAAGCUGGGCUUUCACCAUGCAAGGACUACUAUUCCGAAGUGGCUGCAACGGGGGGUAAUGGACCCUUUGGACAAAGUUUUGUCAGUUCUUAUAAAGAAACUUGGUACUGCACUACAGGAUGAAAAGGAAAAGAAAGGAAAAGACAAGGAAGAAUACUAGAAAUAUAAUGUGACGACAGUAAUUCCGUUUGAUUGUAUUAUUAUAUAUUAAGAAUUUAAAUAUGGUUUAAAGAGAAACCUAACAGCUUUUUGCUACUCUAUUUAAAACUUACAUUGUGAGUAACUGUUUACUGUGGUACAUGAUACCAUUCUGUAUUUGAAGUAUUGCAUGAUUAUGACCAAUGAAUAUUAUGUGAAGGAAUAGCUGGAACACUGUAAAUCUGCUCCUCAGCACUGUUUUAUUAUGUGCAAUAUGAUUCCUGCAUCUUUAAAGUACUUGCAGAUUAACUGUGAAUUUUCAUAACUUUAUUUGCCAUAACAGAAACCCCUUGUUGAUAAUGUGAGUGGUAAUUGCUUUGUCAAUGUAGACUUGUGUAAAUUAUAUGUAUAUAACUUAUGAAACUGUGAUUGCCUU